GCCUGGCUUCUUGUUUUGAAAACUGAGCUGUCAAAGCUUAAAAGUUCGAUCGCAACAACUAAAGGGGCAAGGUCAAAAUGAAAACACCAUCGCUCCUCCGUCUCGGCUGGGUGUUGGGAGUGGCACUCGUCGUAGCUUGGAGCGUAUCCGGUUUUCCGGCGCCUGCCGAGGCUGCGGGCACAACGCUCAACGACACGGUGACGGCCACCGGGCAUCGGACCAAGACAUUCACGUGGACAAUCAAGAAGGUGGCUGACCCAACUACACUCAAUCUGGUCCAGGGUGAUAGCGGCAGCGGCACCGUGACCUACACGGUGACGCUGACCAAGGACGAUGGCACUGACCGCACGUUGGUUUGACGGAAAGGUCUACAUCACCAACGGUGGCGGUGUGGCAACUGAGAGCCUCAUGUCGACCCUGAAGGUGACGCAGCCGCCGUCCUCUGCGACCAUAGUGAAUCCGCAGCAGCUUGAUGUGUGGGC